GAUGAACGAGGGAAAGUCAAACAAGCGAAGCGACAUUAAGCACAACUUCUGAUAAAAUGUCUUUAUUAGACAAAUGGAUACAGGAAAACAACGGAUUGGCAAAUAAUUAUAAGUUGCCUGAAGGACAAGAUGCCAUCAACUCAAACCACAACCAGACCAAUCUGAAACAGUCUUCUGAGUUUCACAAACUUUUAAGAAAAAUCCAAGGUAUCCCUCCUGACGCAGCUCAUGCAGAAUUAGAGCUUUCAGUGGUGUAUAACGCCUCUGUGUGUUUCACUGCUCAGUCUCAGUUUGCGGAGGCUGAGCUACUCCUUAAACAAGCCACACAGAGAGUUCUGCAGAUGACAGGAGUUGAUCCUAAUACUUCAGAUCCUCUUGUGCUUUGGAGAACAGUUCUCAAGUCAGUGGGUAAAUUAUCCCUUCAUCACCAUGUACUGUACCUCCUCUGUCUGCAGUGGGCAAUAUGGCUAGCCAACUGCCACCUGAAAGCUAUUAAAGAGUUCCAGAUGUUUCUCUUGGUGCAGAAGGAGAUUUCUGCUCUGUUGGAGACACUAAGUGGAAAGGAUGAGAAUGAUUAUAAGAAAGAGGCAGAAGCAAGGCUCCCAGUUGUUCCAAAACUUGUAAUGGACCCAAGAAGGCUUGUGGAACUUCUGCAGAUCUGCACGAUCAUCACUCAAGGUGCAGAAAGCCUGAACCAGGGUCGGAGUUCUGAGGUGCUGUCUGAUUUUCAGGCGGCUUCAACCUUGCCAGCUCCCAGGACUCUUGUAGCGUACACACACCUCCUCUCAGGUGCCUGCCUCGUCCAUAUGAAUCGCCCUCACAUGGCUCUGCAGUGUUACAGAAAGGCACUGGAGACAGACUCUGCUUGUGUUUGUGCUCUCUACCAGAGCACACUCAUCUAUAAGCAGCUGAAAAACUCACAGGCUGAGAUACAAACUCUUCGUAUUCUGCAUUCAAUUUUAUUGUUGCCCUMCUCCUGCUGUCCGGAGCCUGCUGUGGCUGGAACCCAUAUUCUGUCUCCRUCCUUAUUUCUCCGCAGCCAAUCACUGAGCAGCCUGCUCUCAGUCCCGUCUGCCCUCAGUGUCCUCCACAGUCUGGCCCUCAAAUGUGUGCUCCAUGGCAGAGCCUCAGAGGGUGUGGAGCAUUAUCUGGACCUGCUGGCUGCUCUUCACUCAGAAGAUCAACACAGAGUAGGAGCAAAAACAAAAACGGACACUCAAGGGCACGCCGAGGUCUCCACCCUCCCAAAGUUACCCAGGCUCUACCUGGAGGCUGGAGCUGCCUUGCUCAUGGCCCAGCGGCCUGCGUGCUGUAUGGCGCUCUGCAAUGAGGUCAUCAGCACGACACARGAUCUGCUUCCACAGAAAGUGUUGUUGGAAGAAUCCGAGGAGGUAAAUGCGGCMGCGACGGGAGUGAAAGACGAGGGUGAGGAUGGGUUGGCGAUGUUUCUCUGGACUGCAGCUGCCUACCUCCUUCAGGGUCACUGCURCGCUCACACGAAGGACUGGAAACUAGCUGUGACCCACUAUACAAGGUGUAUUAAUCUGUUGGUGAAGGUGCACUAUAAAAAGAGAGUUGCAGGUUUCCAAACACAAAUCCCUGGUGCAGAUACAGAUGUUCAUCAGGGAGCAGGUUUUUGCAUCCUUCAAAGGCUCAAAGGACUUUCAUUAUCUGGUAGAGGUAUCAGUUUYGUCCAGAUGGACCGUCUGAAAGAGGCCCUCAGAGACCUGCAGCACAGCCUGCAGGCCCUUCCAGGGGGUGUGGGUGCAGGUUUGUGGUGUGGUGAGGUGCUGUGGAGGCUCGGCAGGAGGUGCGAAGCAGCAGCUUGUUGGGAAAAGACCUGGGCACUUCCCACUCAAUUCUUAACAGAGACUCUUCCUGUGUACGUACAAGAACCUCAGACUGGUCCUUCUUUGGAUUCUACAGAACUUCGCCGCAGAUUACAUGAACUCCAUCCUUUGUAGUUAGCUUGGAGAUAAAAAGGAAUGUGUGUCCAUCACCUCAUAAACAAGAGUGGCUUUCAUUGUCUUUUGAAAUGAAACCUACAACUCUUUAAAAAAAACUUGAAUCAUUUGGGGACAAUAAAAUAAUAAUAAUAAAAACAUAAUGAAUUAUGAA